UUUUAUAGAACAAAGAUGGCAGCCCCCAAAGUAAAACGUGCAACUGUGGAAAAGCCACACAUUAUCAAACAUAUUUCAAAGUCUACUACGGAGAAGCGUUUAAUUGUAAUUCUAGAAAGUGCAUCUCUUGAAACAGUGAAGGUUGGGAAACAGUUUGAGCUCCUCAACUGUGACAAGCACAGAAACCUCAGCAAGAAGUUCAAGAAGGACAUCAGUCAGUACAGGCCGGACAUCACACAUCAGUGCCUGCUGAUGCUGAUGGAUAGCCCACUGAACCGAGCAGGGAUGCUGCAGGUCUACGUCCAUACAGAACGAAACGUUCUCAUCGAGAUCAACCCACAGACUCGAAUCCCCCGAACAUUUGAACGAUUCUGUGGUCUCAUGGUCCAGCUCCUGCACAAGCUUAGCAUCCACGCUUCCGACGGCCCCCAGAAACUCCUAAAGGUCAUCAGAAACCCCAUCACCGACCAUCUUCCUGUCGGCGCUAAGAAGAUCAUCAUGUCCUUCAGUGCCGAUGAUUGCGUCAACGUUCGUGACCUUGUGCCGUCAGAUGAACCCGUCGUCUUUGUCAUCGGUGCAAUGGCUCAUGGCAAAGUUGACGUGGACUAUGUGGAGGACACCUACUCCAUCAGCAACUACCCCCUGUCUGCUGCACUCACCUGUGCCAAAGUCUGUUCGGGGUUCGAGGAAGUCUGGGGAGUUGUAUAGCCACGAAUUGGGGAAGUUGAUGUAAAUAAAUCUGUACAUAGCUCA